AUGCAAGACUUUUGGGAAAAAGGUCUGCACCUCAGUUUUAAGCCUCCACCCGAGAAGUGGCAGACGAAGAGGGAAGGCCACCACAACAAGGACAUGCUUGUUGAGCCAAUGCCGGCGGUUGACGUCGAGAAGACGGCUGCAUUCCAGCAGCUGUUGGCACGGUUGCCGGAGGACGGCCAAAGCUUCUUAGAGCGGAACAGGCAUCUCCAGGCAGGAGUUGCAGCACAAAGGCGACUGCCGAAACGACUUCAGGGCGCAAGAAAAGAGGAAGGUCAGAGCGCGUCCUUCUGGGUCACGCGUGAGCGUCGUCCGACUGCUUUGCUGGAAAGACCCCGCUCUGUGCAACACGGGAGUGUGUGGCUAGACCUCAGGGCCUUUAGGGUACACGCAGCAGAUCCAGAUGCCGACAACUCAACAGGAUUGCAGAGUGCAAAUAGUUCGACGGAAUCGCUGACCACGACGCCUCCGAAAAGUCCGACACCCAAGACCUCACCACGACAAAGCAAGUGCGAAGAGCAGAUCUUCGUGGGAAAUGAAGGCCACUCCUUGAUGGAGGAGGCUGUGCUACAGCGAAGCACAUCGUCCAUCAUCAACUCCACGCAACUUGCCAAGCUGCUGCUGCGUAAGAGCCUCACGAACGAGCUUGUGGACAAAUUCUAUGUGUCGAUGCAGCAGGUGGUGCAAAACCUGCUGGAUCAGCCAGAGUUUAAAGCCAUCAUUUGCGCCUAUGUGGAGCACACGCAGCAUCAGAUUGAUGCAAAUUCCCACAACCAUUCCAACCAAAAAGCCUGGAAGCAGAUGAGGAAACGGGUGCUGUCCACAGGAAACUUGCUGAAGCAGGCCUCCCUGGCAACAGAUGCUGAGCCGGAGCGAGGUCGAUCGCGUUCGGAUGAGCACAGGGACAGGUUGGAUCCGACGGGCAAAUAUCAUUUGAUCCAGUCCGAGCUGGAGGGCAUGCCAUCAAAGCAAGGCAUGAACCUUCUGAAGGGAUUCUACGAGGACAUGUGCCGCUGCGCGGACUUGGACAGCUGCAGACUCAGUGAGCCAGAUGCUUUCUGGUGCUACGUGGACGAGGGAACCCUGCAAGGGUGCAAAGCCGAGCAGGUCAAGCUCCUGAAGGAUGCCAACAACAGGACGUGGAGCCACGACCUUUGCAGCAAGCGGCCUUGCGAACCUGCGAACCUCGGAAUGAAGCCACGCCCAAGCUCCCGGAAGGAGCUAGAUCGGCAGAGACACCCUGAGCUGAAAGAGGACAACAUGCUCAUGAGGUAUGGCUCUGACUGCGAUAUCUGGAAGACAUCAGACCCAUUGGAAUGGGCUUUCGUUGGUUUUGACACCACGUGUGUUGAGCGCACGAGGAGGGCCAUCCCCAAAGUUGGCGAUUGGCCCAAAGGGUUGCCGUACAUGUUCUUAUCCUGGACAGCAUGCUCAUCCAAUCUCUUGUUCGACACCAAGCGUAACGAUGGAGCCGUCGGAGCGCUCUACCAAGCAAAGAUCCGCUGCACUUGGUACCAGAUUGUGCUGGAAACUUUCCUGAUACUGGACUUGAUCUUUACGCUCCCAAUGAUGGUCAUCAUGUACUACUUCAUUGCCAAUCGCUGUGCUGAUCAGUUGGAAGUUGAGCAGCAAUUUGCUCCGGUGGAAGACUCGUCUGAUUCAUCCGAAGAGUUUCAUCCCGAAGUGCCGCAGCAUCCGCAGCCGCAGCAGGGCCAGGCCUCGGAACCGAGACACAUGCCCAGGGCGGCAUCAAACACGCAGGGUGGUUUGGAGGCAGCUUCCAGCGCUUGA